AUGCCUAUUCCCUUGAAGCCUGAUGCAACAUUCAAACCUGCUAAGGUGUACCCGGUGGGACAAAAGGAUAAGGAAGUCAUCGAUGCUACGUUUGACAAGCUACACGACCAGGGGAAAAUGACGUGGUCUAUGCAACCUACGCCGUAUAGCUACCCAGUUUUUGUAGUUUCUGAUAUGGCAUUGCGGAAGCCUUCUACAGAAGUCUCUGGCAGAGCCGUUCCUGCUAGGUCUGAGAGGCUUGGAGAGCCUAGGCCAAAUAUGUAUUAG